GAGACGGGGAAAGCCUGUACCAUGCAGCCCGGAGAGUAGGACAGCCUGGAAUAGGUGAUAUUUGACCCCUUUCUACAUUGACGGAGUAUUUGGGGACAUAACUGCAAUCUCAUUUAUCUGACAUACCUUCACUCUCAUCCACGCACCCGUGCGCGCUCUCGCACCAUCAUACGGAUACCCGGACCGUUGUCUCUGCUCUCGCAAUUGAACAUUCCCCCCAAAAAGGAGAUAACAUAUUUAGGGAAGCAUCUGGAAACAUGGAUUUAUUCUCCAUCCCACCCCGCGUUUGCUGGUGGAGGGUCUUGUAUCUCCUCAGCAUCUUCCAGAAUUACAUGAGCUCCAUGCUGGACUGCCCGCCGACCUGCGCUUGUUCCACCACGGACAUCUUUUGCAAUAAGUCUUACCAAGGAAAUUUCUUUCCCCUCCUGGCGCUACAGGACACCGUGAACGACGGCAAUAGCACCAACAGCCUCCCGGACCUGUUUGAGAACAUCUCCACCAUACACAUUGAGAACUGGUCCGGUUUGCAGAUGCUAAGAGAUGUUGACAUGGAGCUUUACACUGGACUUCAUAGACUGUCCAUUGUGAACUGCAACCUACGUGUGAUUCAGCCGAGAGCCUUCGCUCAGAAUCCCAACCUGCACUACAUAAACUUGUCCAGGAACCCUCUGACAACUCUCUCAUGGCAACUCUUUCAGAAUCUCCAACUUUUUGAGCUGAAACUGGAAGGGGUGGUGUUUAACUGCAGCUGCCAUAUCCGUUGGAUCCAGCUGUGGCAGCAGCGAGGCGAGGCCGGACUCCAUAACCAGCAGCUGUUCUGCAACAAUGGCUACUCCAAGAUUCCUUUACAACUCAUGAACAUCUCUCAGUGUGAUUUACCAGAAAUCAGUGUAAGUCGCAGUAACCUGACAGUGAUAGAAGGGGGCAGGAUCACCAUCACCUGUAAUGGGUCAGGGGUGCCAGUACCGGAAGUAGAUUGGACUGUAAAUGGACUUCACUCUAUUAAUACACACCAAUCCAAUCAAUAUCCACCAAAUGUCCACUCCAUAAACUUAACUUUGGUCAACGUUAGCAGAGAUGAUAACAGCUUCAUGCUGACCUGCAUUGCAGAGAAUAUAGUCGGGAUGACUAAUUCCUCCAUACAGCUUUCGGUUCAGUUUCCUCCUGCAAUCAUUAAGUUUGAAGAGCCAGAGAAAUUGCAUGACACAUGUAUGAUGUUUACUGUGCGUGGGCACCCACUACCCACCCUUCGGUGGUACUAUUAUGGUAGUGAGAUCAAGGCGACCGAGUACAUCCAUCCAGAGAUGGAGGUGUAUCAGGACAACCUGGAGGGGUGUCUAAUGUUCAAAACCCCCACCCACCACAACAAUGGCAACUACACAUUGGAGGCCAGCAACAUUCUGGGUGUGGCUGUCAAAACUGUGUACGCCCACUUCCUAAAGCCACCUUUUGAUGCUCUUGUUUGUCUUCUAGUGAGUCCGACACCGACUGCAAUUCCAACUAUGACACAUCGGCCUGAGGAGGACACCUUUGGCGUAUCGAUUGCAGUUGGGUUGGCUGGCUUUGCCUGUGUUCUCCUUGUUGUAAUGUUCGUGCUAAUCAACAAAUAUGGCAGACGCUCAAAGUUUGGCAUGAAAGGACCAGUUGCUGUUAUCAGUGGCGAGGAAGAUUCCGCAAGCCCCCUUCACCAUGUCAACCAUGGCAUUAUGACCCCAUGCACCCUGGAUGCCGGGCCAGACGCCGUUGUGAUUGGCAUGACCCGUAUCCCAGUGAUCGAGAAUCCACAGUACUUCCGGCACGGGCACAACUGCAACAAACCCGCAACAUAUGUACAGCACAUUAAGCGCCGAGACAUUGUGCUCAAGAGAGAAUUGGGCGAGGGGGCCUUUGGGAAGGUGUUCCUGGCAGAGUGCUACAACCUAAGCCCCACUAAGGACAAGAUGCUGGUGGCUGUCAAGACCCUGAAGGACCCCACCCUUUCGGCAAGGAAAGAUUUCCAGAGGGAGGCGGAGUUGCUGACUAACCUUCAGCACGAACACAUAGUGAAGUUCUACGGUGUCUGCGUGGAUGGAGACCCACUCAUUAUGGUGUUUGAGUACAUGAAACAUGGAGACCUCAACAAGUUCCUCAGAGCCCAUGGCCCAGAUGCAAUGAUCCUGGUUGACGGACAGCCACUGCAGACCAAUGGGGAACUGGGUUUGUCUCAAAUGUUGCACAUAGCCACUCAGAUCGCAUCAGGGAUGGUUUACCUGGCAUCUCAGCAUUUUGUGCACCGUGACCUGGCAACCCGCAACUGCCUGGUGGGCAACGGUUUGCUCGUGAAAAUCGGAGACUUCGGAAUGUCGAGAGACAUCUACAGCACGGACUACUACCGGGUGGGAGGUCACACCAUGCUGCCCAUUCGUUGGAUGCCCCCGGAAAGCAUAAUGUACAGGAAGUUCACAACGGAGAGCGACGUGUGGAGCUUUGGCGUCAUCCUCUGGGAGAUCUUCACAUACGGCAAGCAGCCAUGGUUUCAGCUGGCAAAUAAUGAGGUAAUCGAAUGCAUCACGCAAGGACGAGUACUGGAGAGGCCUCGACUUUGUCCAAAGGAAGUCUACGACGUCAUGCUGGGAUGCUGGCAGAGGGAACCCCAGCAGAGGUUGAACAUCAAAGACAUCCAGAAAAUUCUUUAUGCCUUGGGCAAAGCCACACCUGUGUACCUGGAUAUCCUGGGCUAGUGUUUCUUGGGAAUAUGUUUUUCUGUCUACGUCUAUCCAACAGAGGAACAAACAACCUGGGAAUAACCCAGAAACAACAUGUACCUUACUGCUCCACUGUAAGACACCUACAACAUGGGGAUGGACUUAAGUGCCUGCUACUCCUUUCGAUACACUGGAUAACAGUCUUUAAAAAGCACUUUUACAUUUUGUUUACCUGCAUAUUAAAAUGUACAGUUCUACUGCAAGAAGAGGAGUCUUUGUCUUUCACUAUUUAGUUCUUUUUCUUUUUCCUUUCGUUUUGGUAUGAACAGCAUAGAACAACAGAAAAAUUCCCUCGAAAAUAUGGAAAACAGUCCGGACUACUUGACAAAAGAUGAAACUCCCCAUGGUUACUUGUUUUUCAUUUUAUAAAUAUAUAUAUAUUUUUAUUUAUUUUUCUUUCUCCAAACAUGGAUGUCUGCCAUGUUUCUUGCUAAGAGUGGAUCACUUUUCGGAUAUGACGUUGCCAUGUCAGAUGAUUGGCAAGGACUUAAAAAAAAAAAAAGCCUUACUAUGCUCUGAUUGGCCGGAUCUUCUCUUUGACUCUACUACAGGAAGUAUCCAACAGGGCUUUUAAAUAUUAUGAAGAGCUUUUUAGUGAAUGGAUGAACUUGAAUGAGCAAAGGAACCACAAAUCAAUACAAAAGAGUUUAUUUAAAAAAAAGAAGAAGAAUGUAUAUAAUGUAAAUGUCUGUGUCACAGGUGACAAUAUGUUAACUUAUUUCAUUUACUGAUUAGAUGAUUUUAGUUCCUUGGCGUGCUGUUACGGUGAGUGAAUUCUAUAAAUAUUUUGAUAAUAUUUUAGUGUUUUUUUUUUAAUUAUUAUUAUUAUUAUUUUUCCACAUAUCCAUAGAAUGUAUGUCGAUAUUUUGAUCUAAAUGAGCAUUAUUUCCCCCAUACCAACCUUUUUUUUUUUUUUUUUUUUUUCGGAAAUGUGGCAAAAAGUGACCAAGAGGACUUUAGGUAGAGAAUGGUUACAUUUUCACAGCAGAACACACAAACCAUGACAGUGAAUAUCAUAAGACAUUGCCUCGCUCCUUGUAUUCCAGAAAUAACUGGCUUUUGAAAUGGAUGUUAAAGGAAAAGUUGAUUGACUUCCCAACUGAGUUCAUCCUCAAAAAAUACUCUCUUUCCAUUCAUUAAUCCUCAUCUCUUUUAUUAAUUGUGAUUAUGAUUCUUUACAAACGUUAGUAUGCAACCUUUAAGAAGUUUGAGUAAUAAAAGAGAGAUGUUUAAGCUAUCUGAGAGAGCUUGCAUGUACAAACUCAUAAUUUAUCAUACAUUAUUUACAUUGGCACGCUCACAUUACAGUGCUUCCAAGCAGAGAAUUGUUUUGUUUUUUUUUAUAUAAUAUUUUCUUUUUUUAUUUAUUUUUUAUUUUUUUUGUGUGAAAAAUACCCUUAAAAAAUAUUUUUCGGCAUAAACAACUUGUAUUUCGUGCUCAUCGCAGUGCUCAGUCUGAGGUUCUUGCAAUUUCAUCCCAACAAAACCAUCCUGACCAUAAUCAAAAGUGCAAAAUGUAAAAAAAAAAUAAUAAUCUUAGCCACCUAUCAGGAAUCACAACUUAAACUGCAACUUGCUCAUCCUGGUUUGACAGAGCACAUUUGCGCUCACCCAUAAUCUCAUCCUUUACA